CGGCAUUCCCCGCACGUGCCGCCGUUUGCCCAGCUCCUGCGUUGGGGCCUUUAAUCAUAAAGAUGUCGCGAUUUACGAUCGAUCCAAAUGAACCAGUGCAGUUCAGCAAUAUUCUGGCACACCUUCACAAUCCUCCUCCGCCACCCAGGAAAGUCUCGCCACCACCCGAUCUUUUUCCAGAGGAGGAAAAAAAAGAGAUACCAUAUGUGCCUACGGACGACAGUGAUAGCGAUAUUGAAGAGAAUGGCUUUCGUAUAGUAACUACGAUGCGAUGGGAUCCUGUUCUCUUGGAGGACCAUCGUGACUGGCACAGCACUUCGUCUGCAGAACCAAGAUCCCCAUUUCUCUUGCUUCCUUAUCACUUGGAACGUCUUAUCAGGUCUGCUGUCGGGUUUGGGUGGAAUGAUGUCGCUAGCCAGUUGUCUACGCCUGAGUUCUCAGCGGACUUCAUAGCCAGGCUUGAGGAUGUCGUGAAAGAUGUCGUGAAGAAUGGCAGUCCUGAAGCUAAAGGCGAAAAAUGCUACAAGAUUAGAUGUGUCUUGAGAAGAAACGGGAACUUGACUAUACACCUUCGACCUGUUGGCCCUCGCCCGUUUGAUCUUCUUGGGGCACCAUUCAUGACUCCUGCUUAUAUUGUCCCCUUAACUCCGAAUACGCUCAUGACUUGGCCAACCGCCUACGCGCCUAUCUUAGACGUCUUUCUGGAUACCGAUCCUACAACCCCUUCGUUGUUCACCCGGCACAAGAGCACCAAUCGAGAUGUGUAUGAUGAGGCCCGGGAUCGGGUUGGAAUCGAGUCGUAUAACUCCCCCGAAGAAGUCCUCCUCAUCAAUCAUGAUUCUGAUGUCGUUGACGGGUCAAUGCGUAACAUCUGUAUCUGGAGAGAUGGUUCCUGGGUGACUCCUCCACUGGCAAGUGGAUGCUUGGACGGAGUUGUGCGACGCUGGAUGCUCGCCACUGGAAAGGUUAAGGAGAGACGCAUUCGAUCGGACGAGUUGAUCAAUGGAGAAUGGGUCCUCACCAGUAAUUCAGUCGAGGGGUGUUCAUUUGGAAAAUUCGUGGCGGAUCGCGAGGAACAUCGCAACAACAACUUGCGGAUCCGACGCCUUCAUCCUAAGCCCAGACCGCUGACCAGCUCCCGCCCUUUCUGAUCCACCCGGUAUGAUUUAUUAUCAAGCUUUAGCGCCGUUAACGAAUCUUCGCGACGAGUACACUAUUCAUUUGCACAGCCAGAUGUACAUAAAUGGAAUAUGCAGACUUUGAAUUAUUCAGUUCCUCAAGGCAUUGUUU